UAAAUCCACCACCCGCCUGCUGAAGCUACAAAACGUUCGAUUUGUCCGGCUGGCCGCACCAACCACCAGCUAAAAAGUUGUUGUUGCGGCCACUGCCGGGUUUCAAAAGAAUUAUAGUUUCUAUAUCAUUGUGUAAAUUAUUAUUACAUUGUUUUUUUAUUUUUAAUUGAGAUGGAUAACAUUAAUCAGAAGGACCAUUAUCGUGCAAGUUUGAGGUCGUUGUCAUCGUCAUCGUCAUCUUCGUUUUUGUCAUCUUCAUCUUGGUUAGAAUUGCCUACGUUCGAGCAGGAGUCGACGGAGAUGGAUGAAUUGCAGUGGAUGCCGCUGGCUCCAACGUUGUGGAAGAACAAGAAGAGGUUGUCGAAGCAGCUGUCCAUGUGUGAAACAUCGCGUGACAUCGCAUGGGAGAGGCGGCGGCGCCAAAUUCUGAGCCAAGAGCGGAGAAAUGACCAGUAUUUGACUGAUGAAGACUUGCAUGAGUUGAAAGGAUGCAUUGAGCUUGGUUUUGGAUUCAACGAAGAAGAGGGUUACCAAUUAACCAGCACAUUGCCGGCUUUGGACCUUUAUUUCGCAGUCAACCGUCAGCUUUCUUUCAGCCCCGUCUCAUCCCCAAAGAGCGGCCGACAGUCUACCUCUUCACUCGGUGGUCGUUCAUCGUCCUUCGGUAGCCCAAGAAGCGACUCAGAUUCUUGGAAAAUUUGUGGCCCAGGCGAGAAUCCUCAGCAGGUGAAGACGAAGUUGAGACAUUGGGCACAAGCUGUGGCAUGUUCUGUGAUGCAAUCCUCACAAAGUGACAUGCCAUGAAUGAAAUUUUACAGAGGAUUAGAAUAAGAACAACUAAAGAAGAAAAAAAACAUGUAAUUUUGUAUGAGAAUAAGAACAAUGGUAAAGGUCCUGCAUGGGUUUAAAUUAAAGAAUGAGAACAAUGUAAUGAGGAGCCUGCAGGGUCUCUUUGAUUCUUAUGAGGCCAAUGAUAAAGGUCCGAGGUGUAAAUCAAACCAAUUUGCCUUUUGU